GGCCGGAAGCGCCCGCACACCCAGCAUGAUGCUGUCCUGGCGGCUAACCACGGGCCCCGAGAAGGCCGAGCUGCGGGAGCUCAACGCCCGGCUCUACGACUACGUGUGCCGGGUGCGGGAACUGGAGCGCGAAAACCUGCUGCUGGAGGAGGAGCUGCGCGGCCGGCGCGGGCAGGGGGGCCUGGAGGCCGAGGGCCAGGCCCGCUGGGCGGAGGAGGCGCGCGGCCUGCGGCAGCAGCUCGACGAGCUGAGCUGGGCCACGGCGCUGGCCGAGGGCGAGUGCGAUGCGCUGCGGCGCGAGCUGCGGGAGGUGCGGCUGCUGGCCGAGGAGGCGCGCGCCGCCCGCCGCCGCCUGGACGCCGAGCUGGACGCGCAGCGGCGGGAGCUGCAGGAGGCGCUGAGCGCGCGCGCCGCCCUCGAGGCGCUGCUGUGCCGGCUGCAGGCCGAGCGCCGCGGCCUGGACGCGGCCCACGAGCGCGAGGUGCGGGAGCUGCGCGCGCUCUCCGCCGGCCGGACCGUGCGAUACAGCGCCCGCGCCACCCGCCUCGCUGCGCCCCCGCCGCGCCUGCAGGAGGUGCACGACAGCUACACGCUGCUGGUGGCCGAGUCGUGGCGGGAGACCGUCCAGCUGUACGAGGACGAGGUGCGCGAGCUGGAGGCGGCACUGAGGCGCGGCCAGGAGAGCCGGCGCCAGGCGGAGGAGGAGAGCCGGCUGUACGCGCAGGAGGUGGAGGCGCUGCAGCGCCGGGCGCUCGAGCUGGAGCAGCUGCGCGCGCUGUUGGAGGACGAGCUGCUGCGGAUGCGCGAGGCCUACGAGCUGCAGGCUCAGGAGCGGCAGGGUGUGAUUGCCUGCCUGGAGGAGGAGAAGGCGGCCCUCACCUUGGCCAUGGCCGACCGGCUGCGGGACUACCAGGAGCUGGUGCAGGUGAAGACCAGCCUCAGCAUGGAGGUGGCCACCUAUCGAGCCUUAUUGGAAGGAGAAAGUAACCCAGAGAUACUGAUCUUGACCGAGCGCCUUGAAAACCUGCCACAAGAGUUCAGAAACAUCUCCUAUCAAUACACCAACGCGGCGUUACAGAGGGAAAAUGAAAGAAAUCUGUUUCUGAGGCACAAGGCGCCUCCAAGGAGCUCCCGUCGGAGUUGGGCACAGUCCGUGUCACAGACGGCCAUUGGAAACGCUCCCAGAAGACACUUCCUGGGCUCAGGGUACCCUCCCCUUAUCACCCCCAGGCAGGAGUCCUUCCUGGAGAAAACAGCCAACAGCCAAGCCAACCUCAGAACUUUCUCCCCGAUGUACGGCCUCUCGAGAAAUGCUGACGUUCCGGUGCACACAUUCUUGAAUAGACCAAACACUGAAGGGCCAAAGGCUGGUGUCGCCAGAGAGGCCACCCUUGCCCAGGAGUCACGCCGAGAACGCGGGGACAAUGACGCGGUGGGGACGCCCCAAAGCACCUGGUCAAAUGAGAGGACCGUCGUGUUGGGGAAGAAGACAGAAACUCGAGCCACGAGGGAGCAGGGGAGGAGCAGAGCAGAGACCGUCCAAACAAGGCGCGAAGAGAAAAUGUUCGAUUCCAAGGAGAGGGCUUCGGAGGAGAGGAACUUGCGGUGGGAAGAGCUGACCAAGCUGGAUAAAGAAGCGAGACAGAGAGAGAGCGAGCAGAGGGACAAGGCGGCGGGGAAGGAGUCGUCGAAGGAGAGACGCGUGAGAGAGAGAGACAUACCCAUCCGUCUAGAAGUAUCUCGGGACAGCAGAGCAGAGGGGACCCCAAAAGGUGUCCCAACUCCCCUGGAAAAGGAUGCAGGUGAUGGUCCAGGUAGAGAGGUGGACAUGAGAGAGAUGAGGUUCAGAUUGGACACCAGAGACAUCACGGGUACACUGCAAGGUGACACCAAGACCAAAACCAUAGCCGAAAGAGACAUACCCAUCCGUCUAGAAGUAUCCCGGGACAGCAGAGCAGAGGGGACCCCAAAAGGUGUCCCGACUCCCCUGAAAAAGGAUGCAGGUGGUGGUCCAGGCAGAGGGGUGGACACGAGAGAGACGAAGUUCCGGUUGGACACCAGGGAUACCACGGGUACGCUGCAAGACGACGCCGUGACCGAAACCAUAGCCGAAAGCAUCGUGUCCAGUGUCCUGAAGCGGUUCACUCAGUCUCCCGAGGCAGAAGCAUCCGCCGACUCCUUCCCGGACACAAAAGUCACUUACGUGGGCAGGACGGAGCUGCCUGGUGACAAGAGAACGAAGACUGAGAUCGUGCUGGAGUCGAAGCUGACCGAGGAGGUGGACGUGGCAGACGGCACGGGCCUGGACUACCUCCUGAGCAGGGAUGCGCAGGGUAAGGUGGAGCGGAGGGGACAGUCCACCGAGCAGAUGAUAGGAGACAUCAUCAAUCUGGGGCUGAAGGGGAGGGACAGGAGGGCGAGGGUGGUUAAGGUGGAGAUGGUGGAGGAGCCCGUGAGCUACGUCGGGGGCGAGGAGGCAGACGAGUUCUCCACCCCGUUCCGGGUGGAGGAGGCCGACGACAUGUCUCCAGGCUCCAGGGGGCCUGUUGGGGAAGGUUCUGGAGAAACAGAGGUCAGCUUCUCAGUGAAUCAGCAUCAGAAGACCAGGCUGCCCCUCGAGCACGUGGCUCACGUGGAAGAAGUGAUGGAGGCAGGUGACUGGGAGGGCGAGCAGAGUUAUUUCGUGUCGACCCCUGACGAGCAGGCCCCCGGGCAGGACCAGGAGGAGGGCUCCGUGUACGGGCAGAUCCACAUCGAGGAGGAAUCUACCAUCCGGUACUCCUGGCAAGAUGAAAUCGUGCCGGCGUCUCGGAGAAGAUUAGCAAGGGACACGUCCUCGGGAGAGACGGUCAUGGAGCCACCAGACGUUCUAGAACCCGGGGAGGGGAGCCUGGGCUCUCCACACUGGAUAGAAGAAACGACAAGUGGCGAAUUUCACGCCGAAGCCACCGUCAUUGACAAGGAGAUUAAAAUACCGCACGAGUUCCACACGUCUAUUAACAGAGACUUCAAGGAGCCCAGACACCAGCUGGUGGAGGUGAUCAGCCAGUUGGAGGAAAACCUCCCGGCGAGGGUGAAGGAGGAGCUGUCCGCCCUCACCACGGAGGGCCAGGGCGGCCUGGGGCACCUCUCCGUCGAUGUGAAGAAAGUCCAGACCUCAGGCGGGGGGUCCAUGACCCUGGUGGCGGAAGUCAACCUCUCACAGACCGUGGACACGGACCAGUUAGACCUGGAGGAGCUGAGCAGAGACGAAGCAGGUGAAAUAGAGAAGGUUGUGGAGUCCGUGGUGCGGGACAGUUUGACCAAGCGACACAGCCCAGGGCCUGGAAGCCCAGACAGGGACACUGGAGGGGCAGCCCCGGGGACCGGCUUUGGCUUCAAGCGCUGGGCCACCCAGGAACUCUACAGCUCCUCCGUGGAGGGAGAUGACAGCACCUGGGCCUCUCGCACCAUCCAGAGGGCCACGUCUCAGGGCCCGGUGUCGGCCACCGUGGAGGUCACCAGCCCGAGGGGCUUUGCCCAGACGCAGGUGCUAGAACACGUGAGCCAGUCUGUAAGACGCGUUGAAAUAGGCCCCGCUGGAAUUUGGAGGACCGAGCGAGCCCCGUCCGAAGGACCCGCCGCCGGAGAGAUGGACCCGAGUCACAUAGCGGCGACUCCCAGCUGGACCCAAGAGGCCACAGUCCUCGUCCCCGCAGGGCCAGAGGCAGAAGCUGACCGUAGGGAUGACCAGGCAGCCGGUGUGAGCUUUCGGGGCCAGGGGCAGGCUGAGUUUGAUAAGACGGCGCAGCUGCAGAGGAUGGUGGACCAGAGGUCUGUGAUCUCGGACGAAAAGAAAGUCGCUGUCCUCUACCUAGACAAUCAGGGGGACGAUGAUGACGGGCACUGGUUUUGAUGAAGGGUUUGUUUCAAGUGGCAUCUGAUUUCGUAAUGUAUCCACACACACAGGCCUUGGCUUAUUUUCAGGUGGGGGGAGGCCACUCUUGAGGGAAACCUCCCCCUCCUUUUUGAUGUCCCCAAAGAGUGCACCAGGCUCUGUCGCUGUACUUGACAACCUGUAAGGGUUUUGAAUUGAUUCAAGCCUUAAAAGGUGUGGGGAUUUUAUUGAGUUGGGACUUUUACAGAAAGACUGUUUAUCUUUUUAGUCUUUUUUUUCUUUUAUCCUCACCCGAGGACAUUUUUUGA